AAUCUAAAGUCUCGUAUAUUUCUUUUCAAACCAAACCUUCCGUACGUAGUGUUACCAAAACAUCUCCUGUGUUGCUCGAAACAUCUUCCCGUGUUGCUCGAAACAUCUUCAACGAUUUUUCUUCAAACUGUCCUUAAUAGUGCUUGAGUCAUCUUCAUCGUUGCUCGUCCUUCGCAACCUGCUUCUUGAAGGCAUUGACUUCCAUUUCCAUCUUCUGCACAAAUCGGUGAAGCAUCCCAAAAUAGGAGGGAUUUCUCUGCAUUUUUGAAGAUUUUGUGAAGCAAUUAUCUUAACAGUAGCUGAAACAAUAUUAUCAAGGAAAAUUAACGAGAAAACCAGAGUCAUGGACAAAAGUUGGAUGUGUCAACCAAGAUCUUCUGGCAGGUACUUAGAUGGUUUAAACAAGUUUCUCGACUUUGCAUUUAGUAAUGCAGCACAAGGUGAUCAAAUUUUGUGUCCAUGCAAGAAUUGUAAUAAUUGUUGUUGGAGUAACCGAGCAGAAGUGUAUGAACACUUAAUUUGUGAUGGAUUUGAUAAAAGAUAUGAUAAAUGGAUUUUUCAUGGGGAAGGUGGAUCUUCAAAAGUGGAUAAAGGAAAGACUAAUAUGCAUGAUAAUUUGGAUGAACUUUUAGAGGAUACUUUCAUGAUGCCUGAGUGUGAUUUUGAUGACAUAUUGGAUGAAGACGAAGAGUUUGAUGUAGAAAUGGUGAGGAUUUACAAUUUAGUACGUGAUGCUCGUCAAGAAGCAUACCCGGGUUGUAAAAAAUUCUCAAAACUAUCAAUCAUUGUUCGUUUACUCCAUAUUAAGAACCUUUAUGGGUGGAGCGAUGUAUCAUUUAGUGCGUUACUACUAUUGCUCAAAGAAUUGCUUCCUGAAAACUCUUCUUUGCCAGUAACAUUCCAAGAUUGCAAAUACAUAAUCAAAGAGUUAGGUUGUAGUUAUGAAAAAAUCCAUGCUUGUCCUAAUGACUGUAUCCUAUUUUGGAAAGAGCAUGAGAAUGAAGAUAAAUGCCCCAAGUGUGGUGCUUCAAGAUAUAAAGAGAGAGGGUGUCUAAAUCUUAAGAAGAAAGUUUCUUGCAAGGUAGUUUCUCCCCCGGUUCCAGCCAAAGUGUUGAGGUAUUUUCCUCUUAAACCGAGGAUCAAGAAGUUAUAUAUGUCAUAAAAAACUGCUGAUUCAAUGAAAUGGCAUGAGAGGGGUCGUACUAAUGAUGGAAAAUUAAGGCAUCCUGCAGAUUCACUUGCUUGGAAAACUUUUGAUUCACUACAUCCUGAUUUUGCAUUGGAUCCACGAAAUGUGAGGCUUGGGUUAGCAAGUGAUGGAUUUAAUCCAUAUAAGACAAUGAGUAGCAAAUAUAGUAUUUGGCUGGUUGUUCUGAUGUCAUACAACCUACCUCCAUGGGCCUGCAUGAAGCAACCUUAUUUGAUGUUAUCUUUACUUAUUCCAGGUCCUUCUUCCCCUAAAAGUAGCAUAGAUGUCUAUUUAAAACCUCUAGUUGAUGAGCUAAAGGAGUUAUGGGAGAAAGGAUUUGAAACCUAUGAUGCCUCUAGUAAGCAAUAUUUUAAUGUUCGAGCUGCAUUACUUUGGACUGUGAGUGAUUUCCCUGCCUAUGCUAUGCUAUCAGGUUGGCGUACUAGUGGAAAGUUGGCGUGCCCUGUGUGUAACUAUGAUACAUGGUCCAAGUACUUGCCGAAAAGUAAAAAGAUGUGCUACAUGGGUCAUCGUAGAUUUUUGGACUCCAAUCACAAAUGGCGGAAAAAUAAGAAGUGUUUUGAUGGCUAUGAAGAAUUUAGAGUUGCUCCAGUUCCAUUAUUAGGUUCUACUAUAUUGGAAAAAAUUGGCGAAAAAGAGAAUUUAUUUGGAAAUCCUCAAAAGAGGAAAAGAAAUAAUGUUGAUCCAUGGGUCUAAUAUUUGUUACCACCUGCACGAUUUACUCUUUCAUCAAAAGAAAAGGAUAUCUUUUGUGGCAUCUUGAAAGGAGUGAAGCUUCCAGAAAAUUAUGGGUCUAAUAUUUCUAAUUGUGUUCAACUUGAGCAGCAAAAACUUCUUGGGCUUAAAAGUCAUGAUUUUCAUAUUCUGAUGCAAGACUUACUUAAAAUAGCAGUACGAAGAGUUUUACCAAAAGAAGUCGCAAGAGUUUUAAUUAAGUUAAGCUCAUUCUUCAAGAUUUUAUGCUCCAAAGUUAUCAAUGUUGAAUUAUUUGAAUGUUUGGAUGUUGAAAUUGCAUUGAUUCUUUGCGAAUUGGAAAGAAUUUUUCCUCCAUCUUUUUUUGUUAUAAUGGUUCAUCUAUCAAUACAUUUAGCAUACGAAGCUAGAAUUGCAGGACCCGUGCAUUACCGUUGGAUGUAUCCAAUUGAGAGGUUUCUUCUUAAGUUAAAGAACUAUGUGCGUAAUAGACGUUAUCCAGAGGGUUCUAUUGCAGAAGGCUAUAUAGCAGAUGAAUGUUUGACAUUUUGUUCAAGGUACUUAGAUGACGAUAUCCAAACAAAAUUCAAUAAACCAGCAAGGAGUUUAGAUGGUCCUGUAGGAGAUGGAGUCAUGACAAGUUUGGAUCCUCUUACAUGGGAGCAAGCUCAUCGAUAUGUGUUAUUCAAUUCAGAAGCUAUCAAACCAUUUCUCAAGCAACAUGAAGAAUUUGUUUUCAGUCACAAUCGUCAAGGUUCAACAAGAAAAUGGAAUAAGGCUAACGAUCAAUGUCUUACUUUUCAUGAAUGGUUUGAAGAUCGAGUAAGGAAUUUAGAUGUUAGUGAAGAUGUUAAAUGGUUGUCUAAAGGGCCAAAUACAGUUGCGAGAAGAUUUUCUGCAUAUGCAAUAAAUGGCUACAAGUUUGUCAUUGAAAGUCGUGAAAGAAAAACACAAAAUUCAGGGGUUAUGGUUGUUUCAUCUACAGUCAAGUUUAGAAGCAAGAAAGAUGAAAAUCCGUUGGUAGAAAAUGUUACCUACUAUGGAGUUUUGAAAGACAUAAUUGAAUUGGAUUACUACGGACAUUUCAAGUUUGUGUUGUUCAAAUGUCAUUGGUUUCAAAUUAAACAAGAUGGUUUUGGAUUGGUACUCAUAAAUUUUCAGAGGUUGAUCUAUGAAAAUGAUCCUUUUGUAUUUGCAUCUCAAGUAAAGCAAGUGUAUUAUACAAAGGAUCCAAAUGAUGAUUGGCAUGUUGUUACUAACACCACCCCUAGAGAUUUGUUUGAUAUAUAUGGUGAUCUAGAGAAUGAAGAUGUGGAAAAGCACUUGGAUGAUCAAUUAAGAAGUCCAAUGUUUGAUCAAUUUACGGUUAAUGAAGAUGAAAAUAUUUGGUUUAGGGACGAUGUACCUGGAACAACCAUUGAUGCAAGUUUAAUAGAUGAAGAAGAAACAAGAGAAGAACCUAGACAAGAGUCCCUUGAUGAUUGAGUUUAGUAUUUAAAUUGUUUAUGUUUUUAUUUUUUUUACAGUGGUACAAUAAGGGCAAGAGGUAAAGUUUCAUGGGCUGCCAGCUCAAUGGAAGAUACCCUUAAUGAUCAAGAAGUUCAAACAUACACCAAAAAGCGUAAGGCUUCAUGGCCAAGUGGAUCAAUGACUGAAAUUCUUAAUGAGCUAGAGGAGACAGCAUCAAGUCCUUGCCUAACACCCCUGGCGCCCUAUUUGAUUAACGAUGAUAGUCUUGUUAUCAAGAAGAAAAGGGGUUCAACAAAGUGUCUUAAGACUCAUGGUUUGAGUCAUGAAGAUCGCAUUCAAGUUAGACUGAAUAUUCUUGGCCAACCUAUUGGUCAAUAUAGGGCUGCCUUGAGCUCUUAUUUGGGAACAUUGGCUAGGAAUGCACACAUUGCUCCUUUGACAUACACAACUUGGAGAGAGUUGAAAGAUAAUUGGGAGGAUAUGUGGCAAACAGUCAAGUCAAAGUUUGAUAUAGAAGAACGUGGUAAAAAGUGGGUCUUGCAAAGUAUUGGUUCAAGUUGGAGGACUCACAAAUGUCGCUUGAAAAAGAAGUUCUUUAAGCCAAACAUGAAGGAGGAGUACAAUUUAAAGAAUCGACCAUCCAUUAUUCCACUUGAACAGUGGAAAAUACUUCUUAAGUUUUGGAAAUCUAACAUGGCUAAGGAACGUAGUGAGAAGAAUAAAAUUAGCAGAGCACAGUAUACAUUUGUCCAUACCACUGGAUCAAAAACUUUUGCAGAAAUUCGUGAAGAAGAGAGGAUGAAGAAUGUUGAUGCUAAAGAGCCCUCCCGUGUAGAAAUGUUCCUUUUGACACAUAAGCCAAAGGAUGGAAAUAAGACAAAGGAUGGAACAAGUAGAAUUGUUUCAGAGCUUGAGGAGGCCAUUACUUUACACCCAGAAGCAGAGGAAAGCACAACUCAGGAUGAUUUAUUUUCCCAAGUCUUGGGUAAAGAGAGACCUGGCUCUGUACGCACAUAUGGAAAAGGGGUUGCACCUACAGAUUUAUGGGGAACUAAGUCUACAAUUGAAAUCCAGAAAAUAAUAGAUGAAGUCAAAAGGAAUGCUAGAGUAGAGAUGCAAGAGGAGAUGCAAGUAAAAUUACAAGAACAAGUGGAAGCCAUCAAAACUGAAAUGUUUACUGGUUUUAAAACAUUUUUGGCUCAGCUGCAGACAUGCUUUCCAACAGUAGCAAUUCCAGAAUUUUCUAGCAUGUGGAAUCCAAAUAUAAAUGAAAGAGAUAUGAAGGACAAAAUUAACUCUCAUAGGAAGAAAAAGCGGAAGGAGGAAAAGGCUCAAAAGAAGCUUGUUGAAAGGUUAUGCCUCUUCUACCAGAGGAAUCUAUGGAUGUUGAAAUUCCCGAGGAGGACCUGGAUUUCUAGUGUUGAGGUCAAGCCAUACUAUUAGGUCAUGUUUACUGAAGAUCAAACAUAUAACAGCCUAGGAAGGCGCAUAUUUGAUGUCUACAUUCAGGUGUGUUUAUGGCAUCACAAUCGAGCAUGAUAGCAUGUGGGUCUCAUGACAGUGGCUUCUCUUCUGAUAGGAUUAAGAUGCACACUGUUCAAAGUCACAAUUGUUCAGGCAGCUCUACCUCAGGGAAUUGUUCCUUUUGUUUUUGCCAAAGAAUAUAAUGUUCAUCCAGCUUGACUGAUGAAAGUUUGAAACUUCCCUUAGGCUGAAAUGAGAAGGCAGAGGAAAAAGCAACUCAUGGAGUACAUCAUUCCAGUUGAAGUGAUGCCUAAACCCAGAAAAAAACUUCGGAGAGUAAAUUCAGCUCAAUCAUUGUGAUGUCUUUUUCAUCACUCGUCUCAUCAACAAACUAGACUGCUUUGUGACUUGGUGUAGAUAUAAGGGGGAAGAUUUAAGAGAUUCAAUGUCAUUGCAGUUGCAGGUUCUUGGAGUUACAUUGUAUAGAAAAGAAAGAAUAGCUGGAGCCAAUUAAUCCAAGAAUCUGAAAGCUAAUGCAGCUGGAUUAACUCAACAAAACAAUGUGAAGCCUGUUUCAUAUGCCAACAUUCCCAAGGCUAAACCAGAACAUCCUUUGGGCUCUCAAUCAAAACUUCCAGAAGGUUCACGGGAAGUAUCUAUGCCUCAAUCUUCGUCAGUUUAUUUAUUUACAUAUCAAUCUAUGCCUCAAUCUUCGUCAGUUUAUUUAUUUACAUAUCACGAGCAGUGAUAGUAAUAUUUGUCUUUAUUUACAUAUUUUGUAUGCCACUUAAUUAAUACAAGUCCAUUUUGAUAUUUAUACAGUUACAAUUCAUAAUUUUAAGAGUAAAAUAGGUUUUCACGAAUUCCCGCAUCUUAUUUAAUUUCAAUGAUAAAAAAUUUUCUGAACCGGUGUCUCAUUUAGGGGUCUCAUCUCAUUCACAAUUUUCAGUUGUUUAUUUAGACUAAAAGAUUUUGGUCCCUUGACCUUCUGGAAUGUUUUCACGAAAUCAUUUUCAGCAUUUCAAGCUCUCUUUUU